GUUUUAGCCUCGUUUUUUGGCGAAAACAUGCCUGGGUUCACCUGCUGUGUCCCCGGCUGCUACAACAACUCGCACCGGGACCGGGACCUGCGCUUCUAUACAUUUCCGAAGGACAGCGCGCUGAGGGAGCAGUGGCUGAGGAACAUCUCGCGGGCCGGGGUCAGCGGCUGCUUCAGCACCUUUCAGCCCACCACGGGACACCGGGUCUGCAGUUUGCACUUCGCCGGCGGGAGGAAAACCUACAGCGUCCGAGUGCCGUCCCUGUUCCCUCUGCGGGGGGUGAACGAGCGCAGGAGUCGGCGCGGAAGAGGGAGGAAAGUGUCCGCGGCGAUUCCCGCCCCCGCCGCCAGCGUCCUGGGGAGCACGGCGGUGGGAGCCGAGGGCAACGCUGGAGGGGAGGCGGGCGACGACAGCAUCACCGUGGUCCAGAUAGGCCAGAACGGGGAGUACUUGGGCACAGCGCGGCUGCCCGCCCCGCCGGAGGGGACUUGUUACUCCGCGCCGAUCGAUGUAGAACAGAUCACAACCGAGGAGUCGCCGGGAGAGACCGGUGUGUCGGCGCUCCCGCUUCCCGUGCACUUCGUGAGCGUGACCAGCUCCCCGCUGGAUCACUCCUACUCCCUGACCACCGGCACCACGUCGGCCGAGCUGCUGCGGAAACUGAACGAGCAGCGGGACAUCAUCGCGCUGAUGGAGGUGAAGAUGAAGGAGAUGAAGGCCACCAUCCGCCAGCUGCGGGUGGUGGAGGCUAAGCUGCAGGAGGAGGUGCGGGAGCGGGACCGGCUGCUGUGCGGCCAGGCGGCGGUGGCUGCUGGCGUCCGCAAGAAAAUCUGACACUGAGGCUUCAAAAAGACCCGGAACCGACUGAGUGCACGCGUUUCCACACGCGCCUGGUUCCAAGAAACUGGUUUAUGUAGCGGAUAGUCAAAAAACUCACCACUUAAAAACAUAAACUGCUUUUUUCUUGCUCUCCACAUGGAUCAACUCCAUUGAUUCCUCCAGUGUGUUGACAAAGAUGAACUGCCAAGUUAAAAAAUUAAAAAUUGUGGUUUUGGUUCCAGCUUAAAUGAGCAGAAGAGACAUUUCAUGAAAAACUGAUAUGAAGGGCGCCAAGAUGAACCAGGAGUCUUUUUCUUAACCUGCCUUUACAUUAAUUUAAAUCACCUUCAUUGCUGAAAACAUUUGUGCAUCCAAAAAACAUUAAAGGACUCCUAUUAGACGACAAAGUCUUAAAAAAACAGACCUGCAUUGUUACAUUUUUAUAACAGCUUUGCUCCAGGAAGUCGAUU